AUGGACAGAGAGCAAGAUAAUGCUUCCGAUAAACAGGCCAGCACUAGCGAAACUAGCCGCUCAUGUGUUAGGUGCUAUCGAAGAAAGACGCGAUGCGAUCGCAAGAGCCCUUGUUCUCAAUGCGCUCGCAUGAGGGAGAUUUGUACAUAUCCGAGUGAGCGGCGUGAUAGUGGAAAGAAGAGUUCGUCGCUACAGGAUAUCUCUGAUCGCCUGCAGCGGAUUGAGUCAGUCCUGCUCUGGCAGAUGAACAGAGAACCCUCAUCCGGGGCUCCGCCACCGACAUCGCAAGCAAAGAUAUCAGAUUCGACGGCUUCUCCAGCUUCAUAUUUUUCCAAGUCAUCACCUACAAACCCGUCGAGAUCAUGGGAGAUUCUCUUGAAAGAUGGCGAGAGGGUUCAUUAUGUCGACAACGCUAACUUACUAGACGUUUUUCAAGAUGAAGAACGCAUGAAACCACCUGACUACCAGUUUGAUAGUGGAAAAGCCACGAGAACCUCCAGAGAUCUCAAUCUAAUAACUGGAAUAUCUCCAAUAGCAGACAACAGAAGCGGAAAUCCAGCAGACCUGUACCCGGAUCCUCAGCUAGCACUACGGCUUUGGAGGGCGUUCAUCGAAAACGUGGACCCUGUAGUCAAAGUUUUGCAUAUUCCGACUACACAAUCAUCCAUCAUUACUCUGGUAGCCGACCCGUCUCAAACCACGUCAUCGUUCUCAGCGCUGGCUUUUGCAAUAUACUUCGCUGCCACAACUAGCUUGAGCGAGGACGAGAUAUCAGAAAUAUCCUCGAACAGCCGCUCGGAGUUGCUGGAGAAAUUCAAGAAUGGACUCAAUCAGAUCAUUAUCGACUUGAACCUGUUCAACGAACCCGACGUUACGACUGUUGAGGCCAUAGCCAUUUUUGCUGCAAGUCAAAAGACCCAUUCAGCCCGAUUCGGUACUGCGAUCCGGUUAGCGCAGUCCAUUGGCAUUCAUCGAGACGGGGCCGCCCUAGGUUUGAGUCCAUUUGAGACUGAGCGCCGACUCAGACUCUGGUGGCAUCUUAACCUACUCGAUCACAGGGCACCUGAAGAUCACGGAUUUGCCUACAGCUUUGACUGGCUCCAUCAAGGACAGAGACUUCCACUCAAUGUUGACGACGACUGUUUGUUCCCUACGAUGGAGACACUGCCAUCAGAAUCGGAUGCCUGGACACAGACAUCCUUCGCUCUGGCUCAAAUUGAAGCCACCAAAAUCUUGCAGCGUGUGCUCGGCACGAUAGCAACGGGCCAAGGCGCCGACCUUACGGGCGAUCUUGAAGAAAGAAAAAGGAUUAUGCGCGAACACAAAGCAUGGUUCGAAAAGAAAUUCUUUUCCCACAAAGCUCUAUCCCAAGCCCAAGAAACUGCUGCAGCUCAUUACAAGACUGCAUACACCAAAAUGGAGUUCAUGUUGCAGGCUCGCGAGCAUCUCACUUCACAAGCCGACCACAAAAACUGCUCAACGUCUUCCCCAUCGAAGGGGCUCUGCGAAAUAGCUUUUUCUACAGCCUGCCGCACAAUUGAGAGUAGUUAUUCACUGCUCAGUGGCAGAACAACUGGAAACCUUGCCUGGUUAUUCCAAGUGUACCCGCAGUGGUACGCUCUCGCAUAUGUUUUGCGUUUUCUAUGCGCUUUCCCCUUGGCACCGGAGACCGAGAAAGCGUGGGAUCUGGUAAACAAGAUGUUCGAUGCCCUGUCGUACUCGGACGACUUGUCAGCAGUCGGCGCUGGGAGAGGGAGUAUCUGGCGAUGUCUUGCUCGGAUCCGACACCAAGUUUGGAUUGCAAGAGGCGGCUACAGACGAUCUGCAUCGGGGACGCAUAGAAAAGUCAACAAGGGGGUCUCGCAGAGUACUAAUGUUGGUGAAUCAAGCUAUGCAACUCACAAUGGACCACAAGAAGAGAUGGAUCUCGAGUAUAUGCAGAGAGAUGAGAACAUGCUAGAGCCAGAAUGGCCCAGCCAAAGCAUGCCACCAUCGGAUCCGGCUUGGGAUAUUGAGGGUGAUUUAUUCGGUGACUCGAUGCCAGACAUGCUUUGUCUACCAGAAUGGAACGAUAUUGUGAAUGGAAGAAGGCUAGGCUCGACUUAG